AUGACCACCGACUCCCUUUUCGACCGGUUCACCGUCCCUCGGGUGAACCACCUGAACGGCAAAUGCACCACCCUCCCUAUCCUCUCCCUGAAGUCCCAAUAUUCGCGCAAUUUCCAUCUAGCGUGGCUCGGCUUCUUCGUAGCAUUCUUGUCGUGGUUCGCGUUCUCGCCUCUCAUACCGGACGCCAUCAAGGCCGAUCUAAAGCUCACGCCCGAGCAAAUUGGCAAUUCCAACGUGAUAUCGCUUUGUGCAACGCUCAUCGUUCGGUUGAUCGUCGGUCCCCUCGUCGACACAUAUGGCCCGCGCAAGGUCAUGGCAGCGAUCCUCGCCAUUGGAGCUAUACCAUCUGGACUAGCGGGCACGGUCACCACCGCCUCCGGUCUCUACACCAUCCGAUUCUUCAUCGGCAUACUCGGCGGUACAUUUGUGCCGUGCCAGGCCUGGACGACCACCUUCUUCGACAAGCGCGUCGUGGGCCGCGCGAACGCCCUCGUCGCCGGCUGGGGCAACUCGGGCGGCGGCUUCACAUUCAUCAUCAUGAUCGCGCUUUACAACCGGCUCUUGGCCGAUGGGCUCAGCCGGCACGCCGCCUGGCGCGCCGCGUUCGCGAUCGUGCCCGUGCCCAUCCUCCUCUCGGUAGCGGCCCUUACCCUCCUCAUCGGCACGGACCACCCGGCAGGCAAGUGGCAAGAUCGCCACGAUGUGCCAUGGACGCACGGCGAUCAAAUCAACGAAAGGGCUCCUGCGGCACUUAAGCUCGACCGUGUGGACGAGAAGGCCAGCGCCGAGCAGGACUCUGCGAACGGCUCGGCAGAUGUCGCCGUCUCCGCCGCCGGGAGAGCGGCGGGAGAGGAGGGGCAGGGAUACGAUGCGGCGGUGACUGCGGUCGACAAAGCCGUGAACGAGCCGCUGACUGUACGUUCUGCUCGCCGAGUCUUCUCCGACCCUGUGACCUGGCUUCCCGCGCUGGCUUACUUCACGACAUUUGGAUACGAGCUCGCCAUCGAUGCCAAUCUUGCUAGCGUCUUGUUCGGCUUGUACAAGAAGCAAAAGAUGGGCCAGACUAAGGCCGGAUAUAUCGCUGGUAUUUAUGGUUUAUUGAACAUCGUUACCCGUCCUCUGGGCGGGUACUUUGGGGACAUCGCAUUUCGCUUUCUCGGAGUGCCUGGCAAAAAACAUGCCACACUCGCGUGCGGCGCUCUUCAGGGUGCUCUCUCUUUGGCACUCGGACUCUACAUCGAUUCUCGCUCCAACCCCUCCCUGGCUGUCGUGGUCGUCCUUUUCGUCUUGAUGGCGUUCUUCAAUGAAGCAGCGAACGGCGCAAAUUUUUCGCUCGUGCCCCAUUGUAACCCCAAUAACAACGGGGUCAUGAGCGGAUUCGUCGGAGCCAUGGGGAACCUCGGUGGGGUAGUCUUCGCACUUAUCUUCCGAUUCCAGCCAGCGCCAGCCGGACGCGCAUUUUGGAUCUGCGGUAUCAUCGCGAUGGGCUGCAACGCGCUUCUUUCUGUCGUCAGAGUCCCACGAGUAUGAACAUGAAAUCCGACUACCUACACGCCAACACGCGAACGAUAUCAUGUCGCUUGUACUUGUGGUGUAUACUCGAACAGAUCGCGUUCAUAGUGCGCGGUCACUCCAUGCAGUGUCCGUGGAGUUUGAGCCAAAACAUUAUUCGAAGCUAAGUACUCCAGGCCAUGCUUCCAUUCAUUCCAAUCUCCGCCGGCCUAACCCAUGCCUAUGUUCCACUGGUUCUGAUCUCGGAGCGGCGCAUUUCGACUUCCCGACGGCAAUUGAUCUACCAACGCGGGCCUGGAUAUGCUCUUCGCCGUCCGCGGGGCGGACGCCAUCGCUGCGGAUAUCCUCUGACGAAUGAACUGACAUUGGGAGCCUCUCAUUCGCUCUCCCAUGAUGCCGGACUCAGAAUCGUUGUCGCAGUCGUCG